AUGGACUAUUUUCCUCAGACUCCUCAGACUUCACAGAUUGAAAGCGAGUCCGGAAGCAACUUAGACUCCAAUGAAGAAGAAGAGAUUAGUGUGAAGAGAAAAAUGGGAACACCAAUGACAUAUGGUAUUGAUGAUAUAGUUGGUGAGCUAGACCAUUAUGCACUGACUGUUCAAACUGGUGAGGAUGUUGUCAGUGUGAUGUUUUCAUUAUCUCAAAGGACUUCUCGAUCACUUUGGAUUCUUAGUGCUACCGGUGCUGUUUUAGAUGUUGUUCUACGCAAACCUGAUUCUUCUGGUGGUCUUUUGAAUUUUCAGGGAAGCUAUCAACUUAUUUCUCUAUCUGGAUCAUUUGAAUAUGGUGCAAACAAUAAUGUAGAUGGAGAAAAUAGUAGGUUAAACAUUACUCUGUCUCAUCAUGAUGGGAAGGUUUUUGGUGGUUUGUUUACCGGUUCAUUGAUUGCUGCUGAGCCUGUUUAUAUCAUUGCUGCUAGUUUGAAGCAAGGUAUUACCAGCAAGACACCAGCCAGGAAUUGGAAAAAGAGGCGAUUAGCUAAUUAG